AGCCUCUUCCCUCACAACAACCUCGGAGUAUUCGUACCUACGCGCCCAAGCAUGGCUAACGUCGCUCCUAAAGGCGAGGCCGCUGGCUACUACCAGGGCCCCGCUCAGCCCCCGAACGCCUACUAUAACAACGCCCAGUAUCAACCUCAGGACGCCCAAAAGUACCCGCCUCCUCCACCGCAGUACGGCCAAAAUUACCCGCCUCCCAAUGGACCACCGCCACAGGGCUACGGCGACAAGCCGAGUUUCGACCAGGCGUUCAAGAUUGAGAGGCCCAAAUGGAACGAUUUGUGGGCAGGAAUUCUGUUCCUGAUCGUGUGCGCUGGGUUUGUCGCCGUGUCUGGUAUCGCGAUCCAGGGCUAUGCUGCUACCAAGGGCUUCAACGGCGGCGGAAUCUACGACAGCGGCAACGACUUUGGCCUGUCCACGAACACUAUUGUCCUGUUCAUCUUCUGCCUCUGCGUCGCCAUCGUCUUCAGCUAUGCCUACGUCUGGCUCGCGCGAGCCUUCACCAAACAGUUCAUCUGGAUCACCGGCAUCCUCAACAUCAUCUUCGGCUUCGUUACCGCCCUGUAUAUGUUGUCGAGGCACUACUGGUCCGGCGGAAUCGUUUUCCUCAUCUUCUCCAUCUUUACCGUGCUCUGCUUCAUCAGCUGGAUUCCAAGGAUACCGUUCAGUGUCGUGAUGUUGCAGACCGCCAUUGACGUGUCAAAGCGCUAUGGGCAUGUAUACUUGGUCAGUGCCCUGGGUGGCAUUGUUGCGACCGCUUUUGCAGCAUGGUACUCUGUCACGUUGGUCGCGGUGUAUGUCAAGUACGAGCCUGGAAACAACCCAGCGUGCAGCACCGGAGCAGGUGGCUGUGGGACCGGAAAGGUCAUUGGCCUACUCGUCUUCAUCACCUUUGCCGCUUAUUGGAUUUCCGAGUGGCUGAAGAACACCAUCCAUGUCACCAUCUCCGGCGUCUACGGCUCGUGGUACUUCUGCUCGCAUAACUUCCCCAAGGGCGCCACCAGGGGCGCGCUGAAGCGCAGUCUGACCUACAGUUUCGGUAGUAUCAGUUUUGGCAGCUUGGUCGUGGCGAUCAUCAACUUCCUUCGUCAACUAUGCUCUGUCGCGCAACGACAGGAAGCUAGCGAGGGAAACCUUGUCGGCACCAUCCUCUACUGCAUCCUCGGGUGCAUCAUCUCCCUUCUGGACUGGCUAGUCGAGUUCAUCAACCGCUACGCCUUUUCCUACAUUGCCCUAUACGGCAAAGCCUACAUCCCCGCAGCCAAAGACACCUGGACCAUGAUCAAAAACCGGGGCAUCGACGCCCUCGUCAACGAAUGCCUAAUCGGGCCGGUCCUAACCAUGGGCGCGACAUUCAUCGCCUACGCCUGCGCCUUCCUCGCCUACCUCUACCUAAUCUUCACCAGCCCGGCCUACAACCAAGGCGGCGAGUACACGCCGGUGGUCGUGGCGUUUGCGUUCCUGAUCGGCCUGCAGAUCUGCAACAUUUUCACGACGCCGCUCGCCAGUGGCAUCGACACGAUUUUUGUGGCCGCGGCGUGGGACCCCGAGGUCUUGAUGCGCGAUCAUCCGGACUUGUACGCCCGCAUGGUCAGCGUGUAUCCGCAUGUGCAGCAGGCUAUUCAUGCGUAGGUGGGCGUGUAGUGUGGUGUGGUGUGGUGUGGUGUGGUGUGGGGGUGAGUGGUGGGGAGUGAUGCUCUAGGGAGCUUGUCGGCAUCGUUAUCGUCAUAAUCACUAUCAUCGGCGGCGUCGUUUCGAAGCAUGAAAAUGCAGUAACACGAGUCCUGGCAUGGGACGGGGGCGGGCGGAGGUAAUUAUUCAGCUUGGACAAGGAGGAGAAGUUGGAGCACGAAGCAGUAACGGCCGAAACACGCAACACUUAGCAAUGACUGGUCUGUAGGAAGACGUGGUUUUGUCUGGUCGCGGCGGCUACUGUCGCUGUGCCUGUUAAUUAUUGUAAUACUGUGAAUGAAUGC